AUGUGGAAGGAGCAGCAAUCCGUUAACGACUGGCCCACUGCAGAGCAACUGGCUAGCUUCUGGUGGCACUUGAAAGGUGAGCUUGGAUUCAGGACUCUUCUGUACUACCAAUCAAAAAAAUGUCGUUGCUCGAUUGAAAAUCUAUUGGAUGAGAGAAACAUGACGACUACCACUUUGGUAUGGAACAAUGCGUCGAAUGCACCAUAUCUAAGGUUGAAGCAGAAUGUUGAUAUUCUAGGAUUGGUUUGCUUGGACUCUGAUUUAUUUGAACCCGUAUUGAUUGCGCUUAGUACAAUGCUGAACCAUAUGAGGGAGGUGCCCCUGCUGCUGCAGAUAUGCACUAAGGAUCCGGAUCAAAAAAGUAUAGUUGAGCUAGGCCGACAGAUUCUUAAGCGUUGCCAGGAUCUGCUAAUGCCGAAUGUUCUGUUGCUAUUGAAUGAUUUCUUCACUUCUUCACCUGGUAUGAUUUAUGCGUAUCAAAUGUUUCCCACAUUCCGGAUGCUGUCGCAGGUCUACCAUGCCGGCUUGAAGCUAUAUCCCUACAAACUGGCUAACCUACACGGCCAGGUGAUAAGGACACGGGCAGAUUUAUCGCAGCCCUAUUUACUUGUUUACAAAGAUCGCAACGGAAAAUUAAUAACUAACGGUGUGCUCUGGCAUUUUAUGGAGGGGUUUGCGAGUUACUUGAACGCCACUCUUGAGUUGAGUUAUGAUACCGAUUCAAGCCAUUCUGUGCGAGGCAGCUACUUUAGGUUAUUGCCUCAAAUCCAAAAUGGAACAACUGACGUUACCACCAGCCUUUUCCCCCUCACCUUUUCUUUGAGUAGCAACCUCAAUAUUUUCAGCUCCCCAGUUAUCAUCAACAGCUGGUGCACUAUGUUGCCAGUGGAGCGUGUGGUCAGUCCGCGUGAGGCUAUGACCGGAGUGUUGGAGUCGCCCUGGAUGUGGGUUUAUCUAGGUAUCGUCUAUUGCUUGAUUCGCCACCUAUAUGAGCGCCGUAUGCCUGGAAGGCCGAUCUUGAUAUUGCUUCCUUCUUUGAUUCGGCUCACUCUGCUCUGCACCGUGGUGGCACAACUAUCUGCACUGUUUAUUCGUCCGCAGAAACUUCGAAUGAUUUCCAAUUUGGAGCAGUUAAAUGCAUCCGGAUUAAAGAUAAUCGGACUCCGUGGUGAAUUCAAUCAGUAUCCUGACGAAAUGAGAAUCAAGUACGCAUCAUCUUUCAUAUCUUUUGAAAACUACACACAAUUUAUGUAUCAACGUAAUAGUUUUAAUUCUUCAUUUGGUUAUACAAUUUAUGAAAUUAAGUGGAACAAUAUUGCGGAGUUGCAAAAGUUCUUUAAGCGACCAAUCUUUCGCUACUCUACAAAUCUUUGUGUUCGACAAGUUUCCCUUAAUUCUGUUAUUCUUCAAGAAAACUUUUUAUACCGCAAUCAACUAGAUUUAUAUAUACUUUGGUUGCGGCAAAGCGGCAUCCUUGGGUUUUAUGUAAACAAACAUUUUUUUGAUAUGCUAAACGCGGGUUAUUUCAAGCUGCAGGACUUAAGCACCCAAGUUGACGUAAAACCCCUAAAAUUCGCUGAGAUGGACUUUAUCGUGGUCUUAUAUGGAUAUGCAAUGGCCAUUUCCCUAUUGAUUUUUGUAUUUGAGUUGCUUGUGUAUUAUACUAAUGUUUGUCUGCAUAUUUUGUAA